AAGACGGUCGUUUCCACUAACACCAAUUUAGCUGAAGGAUGUGUUUGGUGAUGGCAUUUCUGAACAUGCAGUGCUUCCUGCUUCUCCUCCUCCUACCCAUCGGUCCUGCAGUAACCGAGGUGGUGACAUCGAUGUCAGAUUGUGCGAACUUUUUCCUCCAGCAAACACCACCACAGAUCCCGGGAAUCUUGGAGGGAGGGAACAUCCAGAACCAGAACAGAUACAAAGCCAUUUGCCAGACUCUAAGAAACGCCAGAACGUUUGUGACACUCUACGACACCAACAACACGAUUCCAGUGUUUUCUGCUGGCAUGUACAGAGGGAAAGAAGCAAGUAGACCGAAUGUUAAUUGGAAGAUAGAACCACAGCUUGAGGACUUACGUCUCAGCCACAACAUGGGCAUUGAAAACAAAAAAAGGAGCUACAGAUACCAGGCUGUGAAUGCUGAUUACAAGAACCAAACGUCGUUUGACAGAGGCCAUUUAUUACCAAGCUCUUAUGGCUUGACUAAAAGAGAUAGCGAAUCUACUUUCACCCUGACCAACAUUGUUCCCCAAGAAGGAACAUUUAACAAGGGAAGCUGGAACAGCAUGGAGAACUGCAUCAGAUGUGUUCUGGAUGAAUACUGCAUCAACAACAACGGCCGUAAAGAAGGUUUUGUGGUGAUCGGAGCAAAGCCCAGCACCAACAACAUCCUCAACAACAAGAUUAAUAUUCCAGCCAUGCUCUGGUCGGCAUUCUGUUGCUACAGUCAGAGUAAGGGGAUGUGGUUGGCAAGUGCACACUGGGGCGAAAACGUCCCAGAAAAUAUUAAAGAUAAUCUAUAUAUGCAGACGAAGACCUUGGCAGAGCUUCAGGCUGAAAUGGGAACAGAAUUUGAAGUAUUUCCUGGAACAGAAUGUCCUCUCGACUCAACUGUCGCUCAGUUUUACCCUCAUCUUAACGCUGAAAAUAAUAACUGCAAAUGCCCACCAUCUGUUUCAACUACUUCUGCUCCUUCUACAUCUAUCUCUACCUCUCCAGUUUCAACAUCUGCCCCUGUUCCUACUACAUCAGACUCACCAACAACCACAUCUGGCUCACCCACUACCACAUAUGGCCUUUUUACAACCACAACUGGAACUUCAUCUACAUCUGGCCCCACCACCACUUCUGCCCCAGCCAGUACCACAUCUGUGCCUUUGACUACCACACCUGGAACUUCAUCUACAUCUGACCCCGCUACCACCUCUUCUGCCCCUGCCAGUACCACAUCUGGGCCUUUGACUACCACACCUGGAAUUUCAUCUACAUCUGGGCCUACACCCACAACUACUGAAACACCAGCAACAACUAUUCUUCUAACAACCACUCUCCCUCUGACCACAACAUCUUCUCCUACAACUACUAAACCCCAAACUACUACCAUUCUACCGACAACCACGGCCCCUACAACAACCACCACAACUACUACUGCUACAACCACUACCUCCACCACAACCACUACCACAACCACAACUACCACAACAACCACAAAGAAGAAAGACAAAGAUGAAAACAAAAAUGAAAGUGAGCAGAGACAAAAUGAACCAAGACCAGCAGAAGAAGCAGGCAGAACAAGGUUUCAUAAAUUGGCUGGUGUAGCAGCAGCUGGUGUAGCAGGAGCUGGUGUAGCAGGAGCUGGUGUAGCAGGAGCUGGUGUAGCAGGAGCUGGUGUAGCAGCAGCUGGUGUAGCAGGAGCUGGUGUAGCAGCAGCUGGUGUAGCAGGAGCUGGUGUAGCAGCAGCUGGUGUAGCAGCAGCUGGUGUAGCAGGAGCUGGUGUAGCAGGAGCUGGUGUAGCAGCAGCUGGUGUAGCAGCAGCUGGUGUAGCAGCAGCUGGUGUAGCAGGAGCUGAUGAAGCAGGAGCUGAUGAAGCAGGAGCUGAUGAAGCAGGAGCUGGUGUAGCAGGAGCUGAUGAAGCAGGAGCUGAUGAAGCAGGAGCUGGUGUAGCAGGAGCUGAUGAAGCAGGAGCUGGUGUAGCAGGAGCUGGUGUAGCAGGAGCUGAUGAAGCAGGAGCUGAUGAAGCAGGAGCUGAUGAAGCAGGAGCUGGUGUAGCAGGAGCUGAUGAAGCAGGAGCUGAUGAAGCAGGAGCUGGUUUAGCAGUUUCUAAAAUUAAACAUAAAAAAAAAUACUGUAAAAAAAUGGACAGGCAUUAUUCAGUACAACUACGUGAAGUAAUCUAUUGCAAAUUGUAUUGUGCAAUUUAUUCUUGUUAAACACCAGCAUGUAUAUUAAUUUGAUCAUUUCUAAUAAUAUAAGCAAAUCAGAAAAUCGAAAAUAGAUCCUAACAUUAAUGGUUCAUAUUAACACAGGCGACCACACACACAGACACACACUUAUAAUAACGUAUAAGUCACUCACCUACAAUAGUGCAAAGUGCUAUUACCUCCAUGUUGCAGCGAACCGAAUGGCAGCCUGUGAGGGGCUGCAUCACACCUCCGUGCUGACUCUGUGCCGGAUGUGUCAACAUCAACCACAAAUUCUUAAAGGUUUAGCUUUCCCUAAGCUGAUGACAUCAAAUGUGUUGCUUUGUACUGCAAACAGGAAGUGUUUAGGAAUUCAUUUAUCUCUCAAUGAUAGAAGAUGAUUAAUAUUAGAAAAAACAGCACUGCUCAUGGUAUUUCAAAAUCAAAAAGCAAGGUGAUAUUCCACCAAUAGGAAGGCAGAGGAGGCUCCUAUUAGCCAAUAGGAUCUCCCAGCAAGUCAUUACCUAAAACCUGCUAUUGUCCACUGAUUAAAAUCUGCACGACACAAGAAUGAGCAUCUAUGUUGUUUUGUUUUUUUAUUAAUCAGUACAAGAGACAUACAGAAUAAGGCAGAAAAGAAGUGGCCAAAGACAAACAAAAAGACAAUCUGCUUCCUUACAUUUCUGUGUUACAUUAAUGGAUAAAGAAGGAAGCACCUAAUGUGGUGACACCCCCCCCCCCCCCC